AUGGGAUCUCUGGCAUCCAUGGUCGGUCGAAUCUACCAGGCGUUCAGUCCGCCGCAACAACCUGCCAAGCGUGGAGAUGCCCUCAAAUUCGGCAUCUUGGGAGCUGCCAACAUCGCCCCCCUUGCCCUGAUUACUCCCGCCAAGUCUCAUCCCGAAGUCAUCAUCCAGGCGGUUUCGGCUCGGGAUCGUAACAAGGCCGAGGCGUUUGCCAAAUCUCACGGCAUUCCCGAAAUCAAAGAGUCAUACGAAGAUAUUCUCAACGACCCCAACAUCGACUGUGUCUUUAUUCCCCUUCCAAACGGCCUGCAUUAUGAAUGGGCCGUCCGUGCCAUUCGCGCCGGCAAGCAUGUCCUCCUAGAGAAGCCUUCCGUGUCAAACGCGACAGAAGCAGAAAUCCUCUUCACCCUGCCCGAGUUGUCUCAGCCUAAUGGCCCCGUCCUGCUGGAAGCGUUCCACAGCCGCUUCUUCCCGGCCUGGUCCUACUUCCGCUCGUUGAUCAACCCAGCCGAUGUCGUCCACGUGAACGCCGUCUCCAUGAUUCCCUGGUGGGGAACCAGCAAGGACGACAUCCACUUCAACUACAACCUGUCCGGCGGAAGCAUGAUGGCAAUGGGGACCUACAACUUCGCCGCGCUGCGGCUCUUCUUCGACGCCGAGCCGGAAGAGUGUCUCAGCUGCCAGACCCACGCCUACACCGACGGCAUCCACGACAAAUGCGACUACGACUUCACAGCCAAGUUCCGGUUUCCCAACGGCGGCAUCGGCGAGGCGUCGAGUACCCUCAAGGGACCCACGUACUGGACCCCGUCCCACGUCACCGUAACCCACAGGGAAACCAUCGUGGCGGACAAAAGCCUCCCCGACUCGCAGUUCAAAGCUCAACAGCGCGAGCUAACGCUCCACGGCUUCGUGCACGGCAUCUUCUGGCACCGGAUCGAUAUCAAAGACGUCUACGAGAUCCGGAGCCGAGACACGGGCGAGACCAUCAGAAAAUGGGAGGAGAAGACCUCCCGCAAAGCAUACACUUUCAAGGAAGCGGGUGGGGAGUUCGCGGACCUGCCUGGGGAAGCUUACUGGAUGUCGUAUCGGCACCAGUUGGAGCAAUUCGUCAAUCGCGUCAAGGGCCGCAAGACUCAACACUGGAUCAAUGGGGACGACUCGAUCGCCCAGAUGAAGAUGUUGGACAUGGCGUAUGAGAAGAGUGGGCUUGGUCCCCGGCCCACCAGUUCGUUUAAAUAG